GACUUGAGUGUUUGUCAAUUCCUGCUGGAAUUUGCGGAAAAGUGAUAAAAAUGCUGCGAAACUGGCAAAAUUGGUGCAGAUUGUGUGCAAAAAUAGACUCCAUGGAUGCUGACACAAAGUACCAGACAGACUGCGUGAGAAACCAACUGGAAAUAGCCAACAAAUACUUCAUGGUUUCGCUUCUGCCCUUCGAGGAAAAGCAGUCGUCAGUGUGCGGAGAUUGCACGUCCUUCCUGGUGAAGUUGGAGCAUUUUGCGCAGCGGUGCUUGAAGGUGGAUGAGAUGUUCAAGGAACUCGUGCUGCGAAAGGAAUUCUCAGAUGCAGAUCUGCAGAAUAUUCGACUAGGAUAUGGCGUUGAUAGUGAGGAAAUUAAGUACAGUUGCAUCUUGCCAGAAAGCGAAGGACAAGGAGAUCAUCACAGUCCAGAUCCUCUUAUGCAGCUUGAAUGCGUGCUGACGGUGAAACAGGAGUUGGACGCUGUGGAUUUGCCGGAGAGAACUUCGAGUAGAGAUGCGAGGAAGGAGAGAAGAAAAAGGAAGCAGCGAUAUGAAGUGGAAUCCACUUCACUUCCCAGGAGACGAAAGGAAUCAAACAAGUCUUCCGAUGUUAAGGCAGAGGAGAAGUGCAAUGAAUCUGAUACGGAGUGUCAGGAGGCUGAAGAGCAGCCCGAUGAGGAGAGAGAUUACGAUUCAGACUAUAAACCUUCAGGGGAAAACGAGGCGGCUGAUGCGGAACCGCCAAAGAAGCGGAAGAGAGGACCGAAGGCAGUGACUGAGAAGGAGAAUGAGUGUGAGAUUUGCCUGAAGAAGUUCUGCAGGCGAAGUGUCCUGAAGGAGCACAUUUUGGAGCAACAUCGCCAGGACGAAAUGCCUCACGUCUGCUCGCAGUGUCCCAAGAGAUUCUCCAACAAGUACAAGCUGAAGAUUCACGAAACUCUGCAUCUGCCAGAGGACCAGAGACGCACCCAUGCUUGUCCUUAUUGUGAGAAGAAGUUCCGCGUGAAGUUCAUCCUGCAGACGCACAUAAACGCCAUGCACAUUGGCGAUAAGCCCUUCAUUUGCGAGGAGUGUGGCAACUCCUUCAGGACGAAGGGCGCUCUCAAUCAGCAUCAGACUAUUCAUACUGAGGAGCGUCCCUGCCAAUGUUCCUUCUGCCCCAAGAAGUUCAAGAAGAAGCAGCACUUGAAGCGCCACGAGGAGAGCCACAAAGAUCACAUGUUCGACUGUCCUCACUGUGAUCUCAAGCUGAAGAACUCGAGGACCCUCAAGAUGCAUCUGUUGGUGCACUCUGACCACAAGCAGUACAAGUGCCACUACUGCGGAAACGAAUACAAACGAGCGAAGACUCUGAAGGAUCAUCUGAUUCUGCACACUGGCCAGCGUCCGUACGAGUGUCCUUUCUGUGAUAAAACCUUCGCAAAUGGCUCAAAUUGCAGGAGUCACAAAAGGAAAGCCCAUCCAGUUGAAUUGGCGGCUCUAGAGGCGUCAGGAGGAGAGCAGCAGCACCAGAGAGUGAUUGUAAAUACCCCGAAACUCUUGCAGCCAAAAAUGCUGGGAAAUUGGCAAAACUGGUGCAGAUUGUGUGCAAAGUGUGACACGGCGGAUGUAGACACAGUGUACAAAAUGGAAUCGAUAAAAGAUCAACUGGAAAUUGUAAAUAAAUACUUCAUGCUUUCGCUUCUGCCUUACGAUGGGAGUCUUUCGUCCAUGUGUGGAGAGUGCUGUGGCUUCCUGGCAAAGCUGGAGACCUUCGGAGAGCGCUGCGUGAAGUCGGAGAAAAUGUUCAGCGAACUGAUGCUCGUCAAAGACAUCGCAGAGUCCGAUUUGCAGACAAUUCGCUUCAGAUAUGGCGUGGAUGACGAGGACAUCAAGUUCAGCGCGCUCGUGUCGCAAAUCAGCGAAGGAGUGCCGCGGCAAUAUCCGGUGCUGGUGGAUCAGUGCACGGACACGCAGGAUCUGGAGGAGGACGCCGAGGAGACGCUGGCGGUGAAGGAGGAAGUGGGCGAAUUGAAGAGCGUCGUGGCUGCGAAGAAGCGUGGACGACCGAGAAAGUCCGCGAGAGUGCAAAGUAUACGGAAAUCGAAGGGGAACCAGGAGAAUUCCGCCGAGGAGAUCAACGAUGACGAUGCUGGGGAUCAAGAUGGGGAACUUGUAGUGCCUGAUGAGGAUGAUUUGAUCGAGUACGCGCCGGAGAGCGCGAUGGAUGCCAUGGAGGACGAGGCGGAACCUCUGCAGAGGCGUCGACGGGGCGCCAAGGAGUCGCAGAAUGUGUGCACGGUAUGCAAUAAGCGCUACAGCCGGCGGUACUUGCUGGAGGAGCACGUGCGCGAGAAGCACUGCAAGCAGGAGAUGCCCUUCGUGUGCUCCAAGUGCCCGAAGCGCUUCUCCACGGAGAAGAAGGUGCGCAUCCACGAGGUGAUCCACCUGCCCGAGUCGGAGAAGCUGAUCCAUCCGUGUCCGUACUGCGACAAGAAGUUCAGCAAGACCGUGAACGUGCAGGCGCACGUGCGUGCCAUUCACAUUGGCGACAGGCCGUUCAUUUGCGAGGAGUGCGGCAAGUCGUUCGGCACGAAGGGUGGACUGAAGGAGCACCAGAUCACCCACAGCGAGGAGAGGCCCUUCCAGUGCUCCUAUUGUCCGAAGAAGUUCAAGAAUCUGCCGCGCCUCAAGACGCACGAGGACAUCCACAACGACACCAUGUACGUCUGUCCGCACUGCGGCAUCCAGCUGAACACGAAGCGCACGCUGAAGAUGCACAUGGUGGUGCAUUCGGACUUCAAGAAGUACAAAUGCCACUACUGCGGAAACGAGUACAAGCGCUCCAAGGCACUCAAGAAUCAUCUGAUUCUUCACACUGGCCUGCGACCGUACGUGUGUCCGUUUUGUGAUAAAACCUUUGCAAAUGGAUCGAAUUGUCGGAGUCACAAGAAGAAGGCUCAUCCGGCGGAGUUGGCGGCCUUGGAGGCGUCCGGAGAGCAGCCCAGAGUGGCAAAUAUUCCAAAGUUGGAGCACUUGCAACCAAAAAAUGCUGUCUCGACAUCGUCUGGAUCAGUGGAGCACACAGUGGAGAUUAUCCCGGCGUCGGCGGGAAUUGAAUUUGGGGUGAACAAUACAACUGUGACAGUCUUCCCGGCGCAAAUUGGACAAUCCGCCCCUGAGAUGACCCAGCUUAGCCGGAGUGAGUAAUGUUGGGAUGGCGUUUUGGGAAAGGAGAUAAUCAAAGGAAUCCCAGUGACUCACCGCGUUUCCUCUCCGGACGGUUGAAGUUUGUUUUUAACGCUGUACAUAUAAAACUUUCUACAUC